GUUUUUGGAAAUCAAAUUGCAGUGGAGCCAAGUACGCUAAAAGAAAAAGAACCAUUUCCGACAUUAUUAUUCAACCACUUCCUCUUCUCAUUUUUAUCAUCAUCAUCAUCACAUGACAAGUAAAGAUGGGGUCAUACAUUGACAUAUAGACUAACAACAAACACGAUACCUCUCAAUAGAUUUCACUCUCAAAGAUGACAUCUUACGAAGAUUACAAAGAGGCAAAAGAGGCUUUCGUCUCGCAAUUACAAGGUGGAUCAAUAUUUCAAAUAAAUGCUGUUAGCAUAACAGCUUUAACAACCUACACUUUAUGGGCAGUUCUACGUAAUCGAGGGCUGACAAGUCAUAUAGAGAGUGGGAAGGAUUCUAGGAAGAGAAAAAUAGACGACAAUUCAUCAUUGCUAUCGGAACGCUUGCAGACCUGGUCAAUUGAAUUCAUUGUUUUGGUGGUUCCAAUUGUAUUGGCUUGUACUGUUCUUGCAGAACAUCUGAUUCUACUCAAUGGAGGACUUGCCGGUCUGAGCGUCUUGAUCCUCUUACUCCACCCAGCCAAAAUCUCGACAGAAGCUCCAAAUGGAACACAACCAAAAUCCAAGCAUUGGUCGAAAGAAUCUGACGAUGAAGAAGAUGAAGACGAAGAACGGGAGCGCCUCUCAAUCAGUGCAGAUCAAGAAGCCAAAAACCAUACAUCUAUCGUAGCCGAACCAUUUCGUGUUUCAAUCGAUUCAUCUGCCGAAGCUGCAGCUGCUUCUGCACAUCCUCCGACCCGCUUUGAAGCACCAGGCAGCAGCGAUGCUUCUCGUUCUACCACUCUCACUCCACCAACCACACCUGCACGAAAUAAGAUCGUUCAUCGCUCAUCGCCUUCUCUUGCCCGCUCAGCAGCACCUUUGCCGGGAGAAGAACAUGAAUUCGCAAGUGAACGAUCUGCAACAGAAGCGAUCAAGGUUGGCGCACUUGUACCUCGUAAUCAGCCAUUCUUGACAGUUUAUCGAUCGCAUAUGAUGCUCAUGACGAUCAUUUGUAUUCUAGCUGUCGAUUUCAAAGUGUUCCCGAGAGAGUUUGCAAAAUGUGAAACGUGGGGAACAAGUUUGAUGGAUUUAGGUGUGGGAUCUUUUGUUUUUUCGUUAGGCAUCAUCUCGGCAGCACCCCUAUUACGAUCGCCAAGUCAAAGAUUUAAGCCGAUGCGUCUUCAAUUGCUGCGAGAUGCUCGAAAGAGUUUGCCGAUGAUUCUUUUGGGUGGUAUUCGCGUCAUCAUGGUGAAAGGUGUGGAUUAUCCGGAGCACGUUUCGGAAUACGGCGUUCAUUGGAACUUCUUUAUCACUUUGGCUCUUUUGCCUUUCUUUGGAACUGUCUUGAGACCGUUUGCGAAAAUAGCAAGAUUUUCGACGAUUGGACUCAUCUUGUCUGUGCUACAUCAAGCAUUGCUAUCAAUGACAAGCUUAGGAUUUUGGGCAAGCUCGAAUAAUAUUAGCAGGAUCGGUUUGAUUGCACAAAACAAAGAAGGUCUGACAUCGUUGCCUGGAUAUUUGGCCAUCUUCUUGCUAGGCCUUGAUGCAGGGCACUACAUUCUCCCACGAGAUCCAUACCUUGCUUAUAGAAGACUGACGGCUUCACGAGAGAAAGAGAAGACGGAUAAGCUUGCCAUGCUGUUGAUAAGCUAUUCUGUCCUGUGGUGGGGUGCUUAUUACCUGCAAAGCUUUGCAACCGGAGGUCAAGUCAGUAGAAGGCUAGCCAAUCUUCCAUAUGUUCUUUGGGUGGUUGCAUACAACACUUCGUUCUUGCUAGCAUAUGUUGCAAUCUACAUGGUGUUGCUGCAGCCGCUAGACGAGAAUGCUAUGCGUCAAUCAUCUUCUGCAGUCAAGAAAGGCAAAUCAGCUAUAAGGAAUGGUGACGGAGGAACGUAUAAUGGCGGCAGCUCAAGUCCAACGACUGAAGCCGGGUUAGCAAAGACGCCUUCCCUUUUUCAUGCUUUGAAUGCUCAAGCAUUUACCGUCUUUUUGCUUGCAAAUCUUUUGACCGGCUUAGUCAACAUUUCAAUACAAACAAUCUUUGCUAGCAAUUCUUUUGCUUUGUUUGUCUUAUUGCUUUACCUAUUAACUUGUCUAGGCAUCGCCUUAUUAUUUCAAUCACAAGGAUGGAAAUUGAAAAUAUGAGAUUGCCGCGACUCUCCUUCUUGUGUUUCUGUGGAUCAAGUUUCCUCUAUUCAAUUGUACACUUACAUCAUCCUGUCACUAAUCAUUGGAAAGAAGGUCAUGCUUAUUUUAAACAAAAAAG